AUGUGGCGCGUGUGCGAGUGUGAAGCACCGUGCUUCAAUCUAUCCCCGCCCGUCGCUCUAGCUUCCCCCACCCGUCGCCCUCGCUUCCCCCGUCCAUCGCCCUCGCUUCCCCCUCCCGUCGCCCUCGCCUUCCCCCUCCCGUCGCCCCCCCUUCCCCCUCCCGUCGCCCUCGCUUCCCCCGCCCCCCUCCCGUCGCCCUCGCUUCCCCCUCCCGUCGCCCUCGCUUCCCCCUCCCGUCGCCCUCGCUUUCCCCUCCCGUCGCCCUCGCUUUCCCCCUCCCGUCGCCCCCGCUUUCCCCCUCUCAUCCCCCUCCCAUCCCGCUCCCAUCCCCCUCCCAUCCCCCUCCCAUCCCGCUCCCAUCCCCCUCUCAUCCCCCUCCCAUCCCGCUCCCAUCCCGCUCCCAUCCCCCUCCCAUCCCCCUCCCAUCCCCCUCCCAUCCCGCUCCCAUCCCCCUCCCAUCCCCCUCCCAUACCCCUCCCAUCCCGCUCCCAUCCCCCUCCCAUCCCCCUUCCAUCCCCCUCCCAUCCCUCUCCCAUCCCCCUCCCAUCCCCCUCCCAUCCCCCUCCCAUCCCCCUCCCAUCCCCCUCCCAUCCCCCUCCCAUACCCCUCCCAUCCCGCUCCCACCCCCCUCCCAUCCCCCUCCCAUCCCCCUCCCAUCCCCCUCCCAUCCCCCUCCCAUCCCGCUCCCAUCCCCCUCCCAUCCCGCUCCCAUCCCCCUCCCAUCCUCCUCCCAUCCCCCUCCCCCCCCUCCCACCCCCCUCCCAUCCCCCUCCCACCCCCAUCCCAUCCCGCUCCCAUCCCCCUCCCAUCCCCCUCCCAUCCCUCUCUGUCAAGAUAGUAGCUAGAGGUGAGGAGCCAUGCUAG